AUGACUAUCUUCCGGAGCUCGGCAAAGGCCAGUGAGAGCGAACCUCAGUAUGGCAUUAAAGUGUUGUACGACUCCAACGAAGCGGAGGUAGAUAUCGUCUUCGUCCACGGUCUUGGCGGAAGUCGCGACGCAACCUGGACGAUCGACGAUGUGUGCUGGCCUCAAGCCCUUCUUCCGCAGGACUUACCCAAGACCCGUAUCAUGACUUUUGGAUAUGAUUCACGGGUGGUCAGCUUCACAUCAGCUCUAUCGCAGAACGGAAUUGUGGGAAAUGCUGAGGAUCUUUGUGCUCAGCUAUCGCGGUUCAGAGCCUCUUCGCCAGAGCGCCCGAUAAUUUUCGUAGCUCAUAGCUUGGGCGGCUUGGUCUGCGCACAGGCUGUCGUAGCAGGCAACCGCAGCUCCCCCUCCGACAAUACACAGAUUAUCAGCAAACACGUCCGAGGAAUAGUCUUCCUGGGAACCCCAUUCUGCGGUUCCGAAAUCGCAAACUGGGUGUCUCGUCUCAACAAAGUAGCGGAUUAUAUCUUCGAGAGCAGCAAAGCAAAUAUCUCAGAUCUGAAAAGCAAAUCGGACACACUGCAGCACCUGAUCGAAGAGUUUGCAAACGUUUUGCGAAAACGCGAUAACUCCGACGACAGUAUCCUGACCACUUUCUUCUAUGAGCAGUUGAAAACACAGGGAGUAAUGGUGGUUGACCGAAAUUCUGCCACUAUCCCCGGUCGCGGAGACAUGAUAUCCAUCCAAGCCGAUCAUAAGAACAUCUGCAAGUUCCGAUCGAGGGAGGAUGAUGAAGGAUACGGAUUGGUGCUUGGUGCACUGAGGAAGAUGAUGGUUGAGGUACCCGUGAAGCAGAAGUCGAGUAGCCCUGUCUUCAACUUCAACAAUGAUGGAGCUUCCAUCAUGAACCAGGCAGGCCAGCAGACUAUCAAUGGGGGAAUGAACUUUGGGGCGUUUGCACGGUAG